AGGCAAUAUGCAUCAUGUCAUGGCUAGUCUUGGCUUGUGAAAGCAGCUUAUUGUGAAUAUUAUUGUUUGUUUGUUAAGGAUAUUUUAAACGUUUUUAUUAGUACAUCAUUAAUUUGUAUUUGAACACAUUUAUUUUACACCUACCACUUUAUAAUUGGGUUUCAGUUACGUGUAUUGACUUCGAUUUAUAAAGAUACUGCUCCGCGCAGGUGAGGUGUUUAACUAAUACGAAAUUGGAAAAAGAUGAAUGAAUAAAUAAUAAAAUACCUGGAUUAAUAACAACAAUGAAGAAAUGUAUUUUCUUGUGCUUUUAAGGUAAUAAUGCUGCAUUCAAUAUGAAGGAGAUGGUAGGAGGAUGCUGUGUAUGCUCUGAUGAGCGUGGUUGGCCUGACAACCCGCUAGUUUAUUGUGAUGGAAAUGGGUGUACUGUUGCAGUUCAUCAAGCCUGUUACGGGAUAAUUUCUGUUCCUACAGGACCCUGGUUCUGCCGGAAGUGUGAGAGUCCCGAAACCAAAGGCAAAGUUAGAUGUGAACUCUGCCCUUCAAAGUCUGGUGCUUUGAAGAGAACAGACACCGGUGGUUGGGCUCACGUUGUAUGUGCGCUGUACAUACCUGAAGUCAGAUUUGGCAAUGUGACAUCUAUGGAGCCAAUUGUUUUGAGGUUGAUUCCACCUGAAAGAUAUAACAAGAUAUGCUACAUCUGUCAAGAUUUGGGAAAGACUCACAGAGCCAAUGCUGGUGCAUGUAUGCAGUGCAAUAAAUCAGGGUGCAGGCAGCAAUUUCACGUGACUUGCGCACAGGCAUUGGGCCUACUCUGUGAGGAAGCUGGCAACUACCUUGAUAACGUCAAAUACUGCGGUUAUUGCCAACACCACUACAGUAAAUUGAAAAAGGGUGGUAACGUGAAGACAAUUCCGCCUUACAAGCCGGUUACUCACGAAAGUCAAUCGAGUGACUCGAGCGGCGAGAAGGAGGGUGAGGCAUCUCCUAUGGCCACUGGCAGCGGUACUCCAACCCACGCUUCUAAAUCUAAAGGGCCUGGCCGUAAGUCGUCUCAUUCAUCGACUUCAAAUAAGAACGCUCCGAGUUCUUCAAAAGUACCACCUGUCCCAAUACAACAACAAGAUAAAAAGAAGCCAUCGCCAAAUCGCCGUGGCUCUUCGGCUGAUACAGGAACUGGUAGUAAGAAUAAUACGCCAGCACCUUCGCCUCAACACAACGCUGACACGCAGAAAAGUGAAGUUGGAGGCAGGAGCAAAGCGAGCACUCCAGCUCCGUCUCCAAGGCGUACUCCUGAACCAACUCAAGAGCAAGCUAAAGCUGGUGGUAAUACUCCUGGAUCUAACAAGGUACCAGCGCCGGUCGCUUCCCCAAGUGUCAAAUCCAACGAGCCUGUUGGAGUCAUCAGCUCUGUUGCUUCUGCCACUCCAGCUACUAUUACUCCACCUCCUGGAUCGUCAGCAACAUCGGUGGUCCAAGUGGCCUCUUCAAAGGCACACCAAGAGUCCGUUAUAACAAAUACAGAGGCAGUUGAGACCAAGCAGACGAAGAAACGCAAAGCGAUGUCCGCUUCGAACGUGCAAAGCUCUGAGUACAACCCGACUCCACCUCCACAAAUUGCCCCACCUCCGCCACCAAUGGAGACACAGUCUUCGAGCAGUGCCUGGGAAUCCCAUGCAAGCAAUGAGCCACAUAUUGAUAUGGACAAAGUAAUUAAAAAGGCAAAGAUGGAAGGCCCAGAUGCAAUAUCUGCACCAAUGCAGUUUGCGAGUGUGAGCCAACCACAACCGCCGCCGGCCCGGAGCCCAGUCUCACACCCGAGUCCAAGGCAUCUACCAAGUCCAAUGCCCGGGCCGAGUGGUAUGAACCAGAUGACAAAUAUCCGAUCUCCAUCUCACAUCCAGGGCGCGAAAGGGCGCGAUGGGACCGCAUCUCUGCUCGUCUCGGUGCCUUUGCCGACGUCCAGCCAAGGCCUGCACUUCACCCAACACCAGAUGCCUGGACCACCGUCGGAUAUAUCCGGACAUACAAGUAUGAUGUUUCAUCAAGUGCAAAAACAAGCUGCUAUGGAGCAGAGUGUUGCUGGUCAUCCAACUCAUAUUCCAGGAAGGUCAGCUUGGGGCGGUCUCAACGUCACCUACGAAUUGCAAGAUCCUAACAAAGCCGGGGUUGGAAUGGCAGUUCCCAAGGACCAGAUGGGUCCCAACAUGGGGCAAAUAGUUCCCGCGCAUCGUAAUAAGAAACGCGCUAUAGCCCAUACAGCAACCUCAGUUGUGGCCAUGUCAAAUCCUCCACCGCAACCUAUACAAGCAGCCGCUCAGAACUUGGCCAAUAUACGUCGACCACCCAUGCCGACUCCACCGCCGAUGUACCACGAACAAAACAUUAAGGAGUCGCCGCCAAGCUCGCCAGGUUCAGAGAGGCCACUGAAGCCAAAGUUUGAAAACAAAAUGAGUGUGAGCUGUAGCGCUCCUCAUAUGCUCGGUAACGAGCUGAACCCCGAAAGCGGUGUUGCAGCGCGCUUGCAAGAGCAACUUAGCGCUGAAUUAGCCGCACACGCGGCUGGUACUACGGGACCAGAGCCUCUCAUACCACCACCGCUCAUUAAUAAGGCUGCACCAAUGGGUGGUGCAGGAAGAGGUACGUCGAGCGCCCAAAGCCUAGAUCAGCUUCUAGAGCGACAAUGGGAGCAGGGAUCCCAAUUUCUCAUGGAACAGGCGCAGCACUUCGACAUUGCUUCGUUGCUGUCCUGUCUGCACCAACUCCGAACAGAGAAUGUCCGUUUAGAAGAACACGUUGGCAAUUUACUUCAGCGGCGUGAUCACUUACUGGCUGUCAAUGCUCGUCUUGCAAUACCACUUACAGACGUGUCAGGCCCGCCAGAACCACAGCGGUGUCCUCGAGACAUUUCAUCGCAGGCCAAGUCCCAGCAGCCACCGACCAGGUCUGGUGAAGCUAUGACUGCCGACAGGCACCAGCUGAUAAUGCGCGAGGUACAGCCAAAGCCGCCCAGCUGAAAUGAACCGGGUGGCAGCGGAGUGCCACGCGAACCUGAUCCGCUGCGGACCGUCCAGGCCUACAUUCAUAUCGAACACCAACAGCGACGCCGGCCUGACUUUUCUAUUGAAUCCAUACUCAAAUACGACUAAAUCGCGAGAAAAUAGAUUUUGUACAAUGACCACGUUUUCUACUUAUUGGACUUUUCUUGUGUAAAGUUUUGGAUAAUUAUUUUAAUGGUGUGGACAGUCGUAAUCAUAAGACUGAAAGGUUAAACGAAACAGGGUCUAAAUUUAUUUAGACUUUACGUGACGUUGUGUGCGGGAAUUUUUCAAAGAAGGAAUAGGUUAAAUAUAAUGUAAUCAGAGUCAAAUACGUAACUGAAACUUUAACUAUCAGAAUUUGAUUUAUAAAUUUAUAAUUUGAUUGAUUUUGAUUUAUAUAUUAUAAUUUUGAAUUUCGAUUGUAGAAUUACAUUGUGUAAGUGUUUUAUAACUGUGCAAUGAUGAGAUUUUGUAUUGUAUCUUAUUCAAUUUAAUGUUGUUCUGGGAAUUUUAGAAUUUCAUUGUAUGAAUCGAUGUUUAUGCCAAUUUAAUGUGUAGUAGACAUAAUAUAUGCAAAAUGUCGAAAUUCAAUGGCUGCUUUAUAUGUCAAAUUUAAUAAACCAUUUCUAAUACGGAUGUUUUAAUGUUAGUUUUAAGACUAGGAAUUAGUUUUAGUAUAUAGGAUAAAUAUUUUGAUUUAUCUGUAUACCCAAGUGACCUGCACAUGUAAGGGUAUUUCUUCAAUUAGGGAUGAUUUUCAAUAUAUAUUAUUGUAUUUGAAGUAUCUAAAUGGCUCAUUUUAUUACUUUUGUUUAGUGAUUAUGUCUUCAAAAAACUUUUUUUAACUGCUAUAAUUUAAUCUUUAUUAUUAGUAAUAAUUAUAACAGCUUCUCUUCAGAUUUUCCUAUGUUGUAGUUAGAACUUUGAAGCGUUACAUAAUACUCACCUUUGCAGUUGUCACUUGGAUAAAGCCCCUAGGGCUAUGUACAUAGUAUUAUCUAUCAAUGUAUGUAUAUACAUUGUUUGAGUUGUAAAUAAGGUAAAUGUGAAGCUUAAUAAUGUUUAUUUAAUUUCAUAAUAUUCGUGAUGUUUUAUGUUCUUUUAAUGUCAUUAUACUGUGCGUAUACAGUAUUUUAAUACUUAAAUUGUAUUAAGUUUUAUUAUAAAGAAUUUUAUUGGCUGACAAUGCCAUUUAUUUAUGGAAUCAUAAUUGGUGUAUGAUAGAAUUAGAAUAAUAUUUCCUAUAAUCAAAACCUAAGAUGUGUAGAAUAUGCACAAUUUGUAUGUUUCAAUAAUAAUUACAUCAAUGGAUCUUAUUUCAAAUAUUUCGGUGUCCAUAGAAUUUUGUGUCAGUUAAAUGUAAUUGUUAGAUGUUAAGAUGUAUUAAUAAAGGCAAAAAAUACA